AUGCUCAGCAGCCAUGGCUUGGCGCGUCGAAUUGGUUGCGGGCUUUGGGCGCCGGAGGAAUGGGUAGCGUGGGCAGAAGAUGGAAGGAAGAAAGCAGAGCUUCCCAUGGAAAAAGCUCGCCAAAAAGAGCCGCAACGCCUCAAACAAUUUCGGGCCAAACGCCCUGCUGCGGCCAGAAAGCGUCCAGCUGCAAAAGACCAAAAGACCACAAUACUGAAACUCAGAGCGCCCCCGGCAGCCGAAAAAGGCCCUUUUGAGACCACAGGAGCCGACUCCAUGUCGACCAUCGAAAGGGAGAGGCGGGUGGAGUUCAAUGAUGGCAUGGAUGAACUGCCCAGUUUGGACAAUGACGUGGAGAAUCUCUGCGAUGUUUUGGAAGGUGGCAAUCCCCGCACAGCGGCCAUUAUGCGCCGGCGCUACGAAAAGAAAGGUUUGAUGAAGGCUUUUCCUGGUGAGAAAACCUUCACACCGCCAAGCGCCUUGGGCCUCCAACCCCCUUUGCAGCGCCUCGCGCCGUUGCCGCGGCCGGAGCCGGCGCCGUUGCCGGUGGAGCAGCCGAUCGUUCCCAACAAGUUGGAGCAGAAGGUGUUUCAAGCCUCUAUGGAGACACCUGAAAGGAAGAGCUUUGAGAGGAAGAGCUUUGAAAGGAAGAGCUGGGCGGAUAUGUCCACCGACUCGGAAGAUGAGAGCCCCGAGAACGUGGAGAGUUUUGCCUCCAGCGACGAAGGCACAGUGGGCACGCAGUUGACCUGGGACCCCAUUGGUGCAGAGGUGUGGCUGAAAAUGACGGGGAAGAGCAUGGAGAAACACCUGUCUGCUCAGGAGCCUCAACCGGCGCCUCCCAUGGCUCCAGUGGCCAGGGCUCCAGGGGCUCCAGGGGCUCCAGCUAUGGCAACACCGCCGGAGGCGAUGUCGCCUUCCGACCAAGGUCAAGGAAUGACCGGAUAUGUGCCGUGCCAACCCACUGUCAUGAGCCCCUGGGCGUCAUUCAGUGCGCGGAAAUGCGGAAGAGUAGGAUGGAGGCAACGUCUGUGUAGUACAGUGUAG